UCGCGCAUUGCGUGUCGCUUACAUAUCCGACAGCCAUAUCUUACUUGAAACCAUAGCCUUCAAUUUAUUUCGAUUGUCUUCGUGAGAAAGAUAGCUGCUGAUUGUGAGCGCAGGCGGAAAGUAUCGUUAAAUUUGCUACAUGGAUCGGUGGGUCGGAAAAAUUGCUCUGGUCACGGGGGGCAGCGUCGGUAUCGGUGCUGCAACGGUAGUGGCUCUUGUCCGAGAGGGUCUCAAGGUCGUAGGAAUAGCCAGGCGAGUCGAGAAUAUCGUGAAACUCCGCGAAGAGCUUAAAGACGAGAAAGGGGAACUGUACGCGAGAAAGUGCGACGUCUCGAAGGAGGAGGAAAUCCUCGCGGUUUUCGAAUGGAUCGAGGAAAACCUCGGCGGCGUCGACGUCCUCGUUAACAACGCCGGGGUGAUACACGCGGCAAGUCUGACCGACGGAGACACCGAAGGGUUUCGCCGUUUACUGGACGUCAACGUCUUGGCAGUCGCUCUGUGCACCAGGGAAGCUGUACGACAGAUGAAAGCGCGCCAUGUCGACGGUCACAUCUUCAACAUAAACAGUAUCUUGGGUCAUUACAUUUUCAAUCCGUUCGAUACCUACAGUUUGUAUCCAAGCAGCAAGUUCGCGGUGACCGCGAUGACCGAAGUGGUCAGAAAGGAACUCAUCACAGCGAACACGAAGAUCAAAAUAACGAGUAUCAGUCCAGGAUUAGUCGGGACAGAACUAUUUAGUGCUUAUGAAGGGAAACCGGAUGCAGAUCUGAUGAAACUACAAGUAAUGCCUAGACUGAACUCGGAGGACGUAGCCAACGCUAUCCUCUAUGCACUCGGCACUCCACCGCACGUUCAAGUAUGUGAGCUGAUAUUACGUCCAGUUGGAGAAGUGUUGUAGGAUCUGUGGCCCGAGACGUGAACUAUAUAUACUUACAACGAUUGGCGUCAUGAGUCUAUUGGCAUUACGAUAACGUAAUCAGCGCUGCUACAUCUUUUAUGCAACCAUCUCUGUUGAUACUUUAUUAAGAAAGGAAGUGUUUUCUUUGAUGAAGAAAGUGAAUCGAAUCGUGUGUGUGUUUCCCUUUUUGGUUCCACGGUGUCCCCGAGUCGGAGACGUACAGGCUUAAUCGGAGCGUCAGCGUUUGGCUAGACAGUCACUAGACCGGAUCAGCCCGCUUGCGAUAAUAAUCUACUACUGUACGGAUUUUAAUGUACCUUGAAUUUCGAAUUGAUUAGUGCUGAUAAAAAACACCUGCGGCCACCGCAAAAUAUAAUACCAUCGCUAAGCUCAUCCAUGGGCGCUCAAAGAAAGUCACCAUAAUAUCGUCGAGCCGAAGCUGUAUCGUAAAAUAAAAGCUAAUCGUACCCGUUCGUCGUUAGGAGCCGUAAAAAAAAAGUAAAUAAAUCACCUUAUACGUUGGGAAUACGUUCAGUUAUUCUGAUACAUUUCAAUUAAUUUGAAAAACAUCUGAGGCUGUAAGCUAUCAACAUAUACGUAUGUUGUUAUCAUGCCUAACAAUCGUUGCGUUAUUUGCAAGUUCAAGUUAUUUUGGUAUCUUUUGUUUAACUUUUAAAUUAUACACAUUUGUGUCUUUUGAUUUAUUUUUUUAAUAGUUCCUUGUCCAUACAAAUUGUAAAUUCACGUCUUUCGUACGGUGAAAAUUUUGUACGUGAUCCAAGCUUUAAUCAAUAACUCUGUAUCCGGUGAUUAUUUCCUUUCAAUAAUACUGAAGAAUUAUUAUUAUAAAAAAUUUUAAAUCUCGUUCAUUCAACGUGUUUUUUUUUUUUAAUCGCUCGAUUCCUGUCAUGUGUCUCAUUAGCUCUGAGCAAUUAAAAUAAUUCCAUUUCUUAUCGUUUAUGAGAGAAAGAAACAUAAAACACAAACAACAAUUAUAACCCGUAGUUGCAGCGAACUCAAUACUAAUCAGAGUCUCGUAAAAGUGGCGUAUUCAUAGCCAAUAAUAGACUGCAUGUUAACGAGAUUGAAGUUAGUAACGUUAUCGUAACGAAACAUUGUGGGGAAAAAAUCACUAUUUUCCUCAUUUUACCCAAUGACUUUGAGGGAACUAGAUUUUUGAAGUAUGAGUAUGGUUUGUUUUAUUACGGUUUACUGAAUUUCAGCUAAGACCAAAAAUCGCGCAAUAACGGGUUUUCCUCAACAUAAACCGUUACAACAACGUUACUAACUUCAAUACGAUACAUGCCAACCAUACGUUCGCAAAUUUCCACUACAACGUUGAGAAUUUACAUUCAAUAGUAUACAAGUCGAUUCACAAUCGACUAGUCGUUAUAAAACAAAUGAUCAGGUAAAUCUUUGAAAUUUCAAUAAUUACCAAAUUUGUCUUCCUAAGUCGAUCGCUAGGCCGAGUUCUACGCGACAGGUAUCUAAUUUUUGUGGCGGCGUUGUGUCAAUUUAAAAAAAACGACUUGCGCUCACACUGAUUCAAUUACAAUGAGGUUUGCUCUGAAAAGCGUCCGUUAAUUAUCAAGACUGUCGACGACAAGUAAUUUGCAUGUCGCGAUAUGUUCGUAUAAUGUAUAACGUACAACGACCACGAGGGCAUCAGUGUAUCAAUAAAAAUUACGCAAUUCGACGAAUAAACGGAAUUAUAUCUCGGAA